AAAUUUACUUCACUCCUUGUUAAAGCUAAAAUCUUGUUCAUAUACUUUUAGUGAUUAAACAAUGACUUUUUUUUACUGGAUGUUGUACCUGUUGGCUUUGAGGUUGGUCUUGUUACACGUUAGUGUAACUGCCAAGUUACAGCAACUAGUCAUUGUGUAACAGUAAGUCUCAAAUUACUGUGUGUGCAAACUAAACCUUUCACCCUGAAUGAAAAGUCCAAACAUGUACGCCAACAAUUGUGAUUUUAAUAUUUCACCUGUAAAUUAUUAUUGGCAUUGAAACCACAUUGAUUACAAUUUCAGCUUUUUCCUUCAUAAUAGUGUAAAAAUUAUGUAUAGCCACAGUAGGAUACACUUUUACAUGAAUCCAAAACCAACGCUUUUCUCCACACCUUGAAGACAAGAGAUGCAUUCAGAGUAAAAAUUCUACUGGGACUGAAUAAGUUUUUUCAUUCACACGAACUUUGUCAAACAAGUUAAUAAAUAGAAAUAAAAAAUCAGUUUAGGUUUGCCUCUAAUAGAGAAAAUGCUUUUAUGCUAAAAAAAGUCACAUUCAAGACAGCAUUUUAAUAAGGGAGUUUAUGAUGUAAUUGUUAAAUGUUUUAGUUUUGUGGUAAUUAAAAAAAAAAAAGCCAAAGGGUUUGUGAUUUUCUUUCCUACAGAUUUCUGCUGAAAUAUUAACCAACGGGGUACAUUCUGAUUUCAAGAUAAUCCAUCUGUACUAGUCAAAAAAAUGUUAACAGUAGACCAUGAAAACAAUCCAACACACAUGCACAUGUAAUGACAGAUCAAAAUCUCUUUUCCCUGCAGAGGAAGUGGCAAUAAACAAUAUAUAUAUAUCUAGCAAUUAUUUACUUUGUUAAGAUUAAAUAAUUUCUGCAUUCCAUCCACUCCUGUAAGAAAAGCAUCCAUACUUAGUAGUAAUUUUUAUAAUUAAUCCUUCAAAGUUUUUGAAGGCGGACAAUUGCAGCAAAAGCUAUGUCGAGAAGCCUGUGGUGGAGCAACCCACUUUUCAGAUUCACAUCAAUGAGCCGGAAGUGGCCUGCUCCAAAAAGAUGCAUCCACCAAGCAAGACACCAUGGCCUGCUCUCCGUUAACACUUAAUCCCACAGUAACGCGGCACAGGCAGCCUCUUGCUACCAUCGACCUGGCCGUGGAGCUCAGUUUUGUUGAGUAGAAUGACUUUUGUUGUCGGUUCAACCUCAUUUCAAUGUGACCUAGUUAACAUCUUCCUUUCUUCCACAGAUUCUCCCAUUGACAUGUCGAUAGUUGAGAGUGAAGAGAGGACAUUGAAUGUAAAUGAAGUCACCAAAUAUGCAGCUGAAAUCCACGACCAUUUAAGGGAAAUGGAGAUCAAGUGUAGGCCGAAAGCAGGCUACAUGAAGAAGCAGCCCGACAUCACGAACAGAAUGCGUGCCAUCCUGGUGGACUGGCUGGUCGAAGUCAGAGAUGCGUACAAACUCCAGAAUGAGACGCUGUUCCUGGCCGUGAACUACAUCGACCGCUUCCUGUCCUCUGAAUCUGUCAUGAGGGGGAAACUGCAGCUCGUCGGCACGGCAGCCCUGCUCUUGGCUUCGAAGUUUGAGGAGAUCUACCCCCCGGACGUGGCGGCGUUCGUCUACAUCACAGACUACUCCUGCCCAAAGGAGCAAAUGUUAAAAAUGGAGUAUCAGAUGCUAAAGGUCCUCUCUUUUGAUCUGGCCGCACCGACAAUCAUCCAGUUUCUCAAUCAGUACUUCCGCCAGCAAAAAGUCUGCAACCAAGUGGAGAGCUUGUCCUUGUUUCUUGGCGAACUCAGUUUUGUGGAUGCAGACCCCUUCCUGAAGUACCUUCCCUCUCAAAUAGCUGCUGCAGCCUUCAUUUUGGCAAACUACACCCUGACAGGAGCUUCAUGGUCCAAGCAUCUGACAAAGACAACUGGCUACACUUUAGAAGACCUCAUGCCAUGCAUCAAAGAUCUCCAUCGGACAUACCUCGGUGCUGCUCAGCACGCACAGCAGUCUGUCCGAGAGAAGUACAAGAGCUCAAAAUACCAUGAAGUUUCUCUUCUUGAACCCCUACAAAAUCUGACGUUGAAUUGACACUAACUUGUGUGUGGGGAAAUAUUUUGUAUUAUUUUUCACUCCUCCUCCCCAAUACAAGUUCCAGACUAACAGGAGUUGUGUAUCCAGUCCUCAUGUUGCAUUAACAUGUAACUUUAAUAAGUCACUGAAGCCUUCCUGUAUGGAGGACAUGGUGAAAUUAGCAUGUGUAUAUUUUAUAUGCAGUCCUGAAGAACUGCUGUUUUUAUGCUUUAUGCAUCCAGAUCUUUUUGUACAGUAGGUAAUCAUGUAAAGCAUUUAAAGCAUUUUUUAA